AUGGGUCACGAAACGCAAGGUGGAAUGCACGCCCCGAUCGAAGGAGAGCAGGAAUCGCUGGUAUCUGCUCUCGAAGGACUCGUCUCCAACACCGCACAGCACUCCAGCUCUGAUAAGCUCGGGAGCAGCGCUCAUAAUGGCCCUUACACACCAGCGCCGACUUCGAAAAAUGAGCACAAGAGCUGGUGGAGCAAGCUGGCAUCUGUCGAAGGCUUGGCUCAGAGCAGGCUAGACGAUCUCUUUGCUGAGCAUCAUCUGGGCAAUUGGAUCGCCAUCAGAGGCACGAAUGAAAAGAUCUUUGAGUCGAUGCCGAUAGCUGUGCGCCUGGGCAUGCACCUCCUCUUCUUCGGAUCAAAGGCGACGAGCCUGCUCCGCUACAACUCUGUCGAGGACGUCUUGGAGAGCAUGUCAGCCAGGCAAGGACGUAUCUACGAUGACGCCUCGGAUCCCGAAGCUGUGCUCCAGCACGUCAAGAACUUCAUCGAGACCUACAGCAUCAACCUUUCCGAGCUGGCCGAGCCCGACCCGACUAAAUACCGCACAAUGAACGACUUCUUCUAUCGCAAGCUCAAAUCGGAUGCGAGACCCAUCGCGGAUGCUGACAACAGCCGCAUCAUUUCGAGCGCAGCUGACUGUCGCAUCGCAGUGUUUGACAAUGUUGAGAGUGCCACAAAGGUGUGGAUCAAGGGCAAAAGAUUCUCUCUGGCCCACCUCGUGGGCGAUGCGAAUCUGGCAGACCGCUGCUUCCCUCCAGGCAGCGCCUUGGCGAUUUUCCGCUUGGCACCGGCAGACUACCACAGGUAUCAUCAUCCAGUUGGUCCAGCUACGGUCGGCCCUAUCAGACACGAAAAAGGCGAGUACUACACCGUCAAUCCUCAAGCGGUCAAUCAGAACUUUGAUGUGUUCACCGCCAACAGGAGGGAUGUGUUGCUACUCGAUUGGAAGCCUAGCGGUGCACAGAGCUACACUGUAGCCUUUGUCGCGAUCGGUGCCCUUCUCGUCGGCUCGAUCGGCUGGAGCGCCGCCACUCAAGGCUCUGCCGUGACUCGAGGAGAAGAGGCUGGUUGGUUCGCGUAUGGCGGAAGUACCAUCGUAGCCAUUUUCCCUCCCGAAGCCAAAAUCAAGUUCGAUCAAGAUUUGGUUCACAAUUCGCAAAAUGCUGUGAGUUUUGCAGCAUCCUUUCACACUCGCUGCCUGUGUACUGACCUUGCUGCGCUUCGCUGUGCGCAGCUCGAGACGAUGGUGCGCGUUGGGGACCGCAUCGGCAUCAGUGAAGCUUGA